AUGACCACCGUCUCCACGUCGUUUUCUCUCAAGGACCGCCUCGCAAAGAUCAACAGCCGUGUGACCGACUUUCACGAGGACUUCAAGAGGCAGGUUGACGAGACCAAGCAGGUUGACCUCGAGAGGUUCGAGCUCAUCCAGAACGGGAUUGAGCACCUUGACAAGAUCCUCCAGUUGGAGACCGAGCGAGCGACCAAGCGCCUCGAUGACAUCCGCAAGAAGUUCACCACCCGCAUAAUGGACACAAGAGAUGCGCUCGGGGCCUCUGUGAGCCUCCACACGAAGGAGAACAAUGACAACUUCUCCGACCUCGCCCACAAGUGCAGACACGCCAUGGCGAAGAUCGCCCAGGAGCACGACGAUCUGCUGGAGUCUAUCCGCUACUUCAAGACCAGUGCCGAGGAGUCCUUUGGCGCCUUUAUUGGCAAUCUCACCAACGAGCGCAAUACCAGGAUGGCGCUGGCGACAGAGAUCUACAGCAAGGUGGACCGCGACCUCAAGCAUGCCACCGACAUGAAUGACCGUGCGCGUGCAGACCGUGAGCAGAGCAUCGACGAGUACCUCCGCGACUCCGAGAUCCUGAGCAGGCACUAUGAGUCCAUCGCACGCGACGGUGUCGUCUCGCUGUCUGCAGAGUGCAAGGUUCUCGCCGGCGUCGUUGCUGAGCUGAUUGCGACCCGCAAGACCAGCUACGACGAGAUUGUGAGGACCAUGGGCUCUGUCCUCGACGGUCUCCAGAACAACAUGAAGAAGAUCUCGACCUUCAUUCGUCCAGAGGACGACCAGGAGGAGAAGUUUGUCUUCUAA